AUGGCCCCCGGCCAGCUGUACACCUACCCUGCCCGUCGCUGGAGGAAGAAGAGGAGAGCCCACCCGCCAGAAGACCCCCACCUCAGCUUCGCCGCCCUCAAGCCAGAUCUGGAUCUCGGGGUGAAGAAGGACAGCCUGUUGCCCCCCGACAGCAGCAGCCUGGAGGCCCUGCUACGCGGCGAGGCCCUGGACAAACAGCGGGGGCUCUCCGACCACAGGGACGACGACAGCCUGAAUGACUACCCGGUGAACAACAGCAGGGCCCGCAAGAGAAUCCUCGAUCCCGAUGAUUUCCUGGAUGACCUGGACGACCAAGAUUACGAGGAAGACAUGCCGAAACGGCGCAGCAAAGGCCGGGCCAAGGGUAAAGGUGUCGGCAGGAGCGCCCGGAAGAAAGCCAUGGAUGCCGCGGCCAUCGAGGACCGAGAGAAGCCCUACGCCUGUGACAUCUGUGGCAAGCGUUACAAGAACCGCCCGGGCCUGAGCUACCACUACGCACAUUCCCACUUGGCCGACGAGGAGGGCGAUGACGACAAAGACCUGGACCCUCCCGUGCCUGUAUCGCAUCGGCGAGAGGAACCCAAGAAGGGUCCGGACGGCCUGGCGCUGCCCAACAACUACUGCGACUUCUGCCUGGGAGACUCGCGGCUCAACAAGAAGACUGGCCAGUCAGAGGAGCUGGUCUCUUGCUCUGACUGUGGACGCUCAGGACACCCCUCCUGUCUCCAGUUCACGCCGGUGAUGAUGGCUGCGGUGAAGACAUACCGGUGGCAAUGCAUCGAGUGCAAGUGCUGCAACCUGUGCGGCACCUCGGAGAACGACGACCAGCUCCUGUUCUGUGAUGACUGUGACCGUGGUUACCACAUGUACUGCCUCACUCCACCCAUGUCAGAGCCCCCCGAAGGAAGCUGGAGCUGCCGUCUCUGUAUGGACACCCUGAAGGAAAAGGCAUCCAUUUACCAAAAUCCAAACCCUCCUCCCUCCUAACUCACCCGCCCGCCCGCGACGGGACUGGACGAGGAGGGGAGGG